GAAAACGGAGCAGAAGAGCGAAACAUGGCGACUUCGAACAAUCCGCGGAAAUUCAGCGAGAAAAUCGCUUUGCAUAACCAGAAGCAGGCGGAGGAGACGGCGGCGUUUGAAGAAGUGAUGAAAGACCUCAGCAUCACGCGGGCAGCGAGGUUACAGUUGCAGAAAACUCAAUACUUGCAGCUGGGACCAAACCGUGGGCAGUACUAUGGAGGAUCUUUGCCAAACGUCAAUCAGCUUGGAAGCAGCAGUAUGGAUAUGUCUUUUCAGACUUCAGGGCUGGACACGAACAGAUCGACGCGACACCACGGGCUGGUGGACCGAGUCUACCGGGACCGGAGCCGCAUCACAUCACCCCACCAAAAACCCCUGGACAAACAUGGACGCCAGAUUGACAGUUGCCCAUAUGGUUCAGUAUAUCUGUCACCACCACCUGAUACCAGUUGGAGGAGGACAAACUCUGACUCAGCACUGCACCAGAGCACAUUAACUCCUGCCCAGCAGGCCUCUUUCACUGGAGGAUCACAGGAGCUCCAGCCAAAAAGAGUUCUCCUUCUCACUGUACCAGGGGCUGAAGCAAUCAAACAAGAGGAUGAUGAAGAUCAGAACUGGGAGUGCAAAAAGAACUUUUCAAGGUCCAAGCCCUGCAAAGUUCCAGGGAUUCACAUAUUCCCGUCUCCGGACCAGCAGUUGACACCUUUAUUAAAACCAGCAGCCCACAACACUGGCGGUUCUCUUCCCGACCUGACCAACAUCCAGUUUCCUCCUCCGCUGCCCACCCCGCUCGACACAGAUGAUGCGACCGCCUCGUUCAGCGCCUCCAACAGCACACAGAAUCUGGCCAGCACGCAAGGAGUGAACACCUCUCAGCCCACAGUAACCAUGGAAAUGCAGCCUGGGCAGGACAACAUGGUUCCUCUCAUCCUGAAUGCAGGAGACUCCCACCAGCACCAGAACCUGCAGCUCUCCCCGACAUCUCCACCUCUCACUCUCUCUCAGGCGGCCAUCAAUGCCAUGAACCUUGAGCAGCAGCUGUCUCAGUACGCCUUCUUCAACCAGCAGCCGUCAUCGCAGACCCACCAGAGCCAGCAACAGACAGGUCUGGUCCAGCUGCCGUCCUCUGUGAACUCCUGCUCCACGUCAGACAACCAGACAUCCUCACAAAACAACAUGACCAUGGACAUGAACACGGCCUCCUCCCUCCAACAGUACCGCAGUAGGGUCGGAUCCUCUGCCAAUCAGUCUCCAACCUCCCCCGUCUCCAAUCAAGGCUUCUCACCUGGAGGCUCGCCUCAACAUAACUCCAUACUGGGCAGCGUAUUUGCAGACUUCUACGACCAGCAGCUCCCGUCCAUUCAGGCCAGUGCUCUCUCACAACAGUUGGAGCAGUUCAACAUGAUUGAAACUCCCAUCAGCUCUGACAGCCUCUAUAACCAGACCUCCACCCUCAACUACUCCCAGGCGCUCAUGAUGGGUUUGACUGGUGGUCAUUGCAACCUUCAGGACUCGCAGCAGCUGGGCUACAGUAGCCAUGGCAACAUCCCCAACAUCAUUCUCACAGUGAGCGGAGAGUCUCCCCCCAGCCUGCCCAAAGACCUCACUGGCUCGCUCUCCACAGAUGUCAGCUUCGACGUUGACUCCCAGUUCCCACUGGAUGAUCUGAAAAUCGACCCGCUGACGCUCGACGGCCUGCACAUGCUCAAUGAUCCGGACAUGGUCCUUGCUGACCCCGCCACAGAGGAUGCGUUCCGCCUCGACCGGCUCUAACCACCGCACCACAUGCUCAUGCACAGGUGUGUGAAUCCUGCUGCCCUGGGGGAAAACCAAGAGGAGCAGAUUUCUGGAGCACGCUGGUCGAGACCUCGUCUGGACAGAAUAUCGAUUCCACACCGACCGACCCAAUCAAAACCCAACAAGAGAGCUUUUAAAGAAACAUCAUAUAUUGAAAUGUUUUUGAAGACUGGAAACCUUGAAAACAGGAAAGAUGGUUCACGACUGAUGACACUCAAGUAUGGUAUGAAUGAUCUUCAUGGUUCUGUCACUACCUUUUGCAAAUGACACAUUCAGUUUUGAUUUAUUUAGAUGCUUAGUUUUUAUUCGAGGCAGCUUGAUGAAUAUAUCAUGAGGGCAGAAGGAGUCUGGUCUCUUAUUCUCCAUCAAUGACUGACUAAACCAAGUCUGCAGAGCAAACCCUUAACAAUCUAUCACACACCUGCUAACACAGAGUAGCUUGAUGAUUCAGAGGAAACACCUGACAGGUUUAACCUUCGUCUGUGCCAAGCUGGUUGCUCUGUGUAAUGCAUUCAGUUUGGAUAUUAAAGGGACAGUUAAACAUGAAAUCAAAAAUACAUAUUUUCCCUCUUACCUGUAUUGCAGUUUAUCAGCCUAGAUAGUUUCGGUGUGAGUUGCAGUGUUGGAGAUAUCGGGCAUAGAGACGUCUGCCUUCUCUUGAAUAUAAUGGAAUUAGAUGGCACUCGGCUUGUGGUGCUCGACUUCCAAAAAAAACCUCAACAGCAAUGUCUCUUUCCAGAAAUAAUGAGGCGGUUACUCAAGAUAAUCCACAGAUCUUGUUGUGAGCAGUUUCAUAUUCUAGCAAAAAAUACCCCUAUCACCAUGCAGAAGGAAGAGUGCAUCUACUCAUCACUCAAAAUGUACUUUUUGAAGAAGUUACAAGGGUGACGUAGUAGACUAAAAUGAUUCUGCUGUUUCUCUGCUCUUUUCUAAUCACACAUAGCGCUGAUCUUCUGUAUCUAUCUGUCUGCUUCUCGAUUUCUCGAUUAAUCGAUUAGUUGUUUGCUCUAUUAAAUGCCAGAAAAUGGGGGAAAAAAAGUUGAUCAGUGUUUCCCUCACCUCAAGAUGACAUCCUCAAAAGUCUUGUUUUGUCCACAACCCAAAGAUACUCAGUUUACUGACAUAGGGGAGUAAAGAAACCACAAAAUAUUUACAUUUAAGAAGCUUGAAUCAGAGAAAUUCUUUUCUUAAAAAUUCCUCACACUAAUUAAUAUAUUACAGAUUAGUUGGCGAUAAAUUUAAUAGUUGAAAACCUAUCGAUUAAUUGUUGAAGCUCAAGUUUGCUUGUCAGGCAGUGACACUAGGCUAUUACUUAAAUAAUCUAGAAAAGACAUUGCCAGAUUGGUGCUGCAGCAAUAGUUUUGACUCGCUGAGAAGUCGGCAGAGCUGCUGUGGAGCUCUGUGGUUUUUGCUUCCACCUCCUGUCUUAAGUCUUAAGUUGAACCUGGCGGCUCUGGGGAGUUCUGUUGUUGGCCUCGGAGCUCUGUGGCUGAUUCCCCAGCUUUGGGGUGCUUCUGACCGUUGUAUGAACCCUUCAUUCUUACCGAGAUACGCUCUCAGGUAAAACAGUAUUCAGUAGUACCGAUGAAUUCAGUCGGUACCCUUAAAAGUGCAGAGUUUGGUACCCAACCUUUGCAGUGAUACAGUUGGCAGGUGUAGUUUGGUAGAAAGAAAAUAGUUUGAGUUAUUUUGGUGCUUUGAGCACCACAAGCCGAGUGCCAUCUAGUUCCAAUUUAUUCAAAAGAAGGCAGACAUCUCUGCGGUCGAUAUCUCCAACACUCAGCAACUACCAUCAAGACAAUCUAGACUGAUAAAUAGCUCUACAGGUAAGAGGAGGAAUAUGUGUUUUUGGGGCUGAACUGUCCCUUCAGUUUAGCGCUGAUCCCUGUGUUUGUCACAGAAGUCAAAGUCAGGCCUGGUUUGAUGUUUCCCAAAUUUUCCUCUGAAGUCUUGAGCAAUGAUGAGUCAUUAUUUUGCCACCUAAGUUGUUUUCAGGAGAUGCUGAAUUCUGAAUAUCACCAUAGUAAAUAGCAGUCAUCAGUUAUGCAUGAAAUCACAAAUCACUGUGCAUACUUGUUUUGCCUUAAUAGCUUGACAUUUUGGUUUUCAUGCAAAGAUGACUAUAAUGUAAAUGAGGUAAAAAAAUAAUUGUCAAGUCAUUUUUACAGUUGUACAGGUGGUUUGGCCUACACAUAAUUCACAGUUGCAUUAGUGUAGUUGUACUUUUGAGGUGCGCUGAUCUUUAUCCAUUACUUUACCCAUCGUCACUACCAUAUCACCUCUCAUUUAUCAGUCAGUUCUCAAUGGCUAAAUGAGUUCUCUGUUAUGAAAUAGAUGUUUACAGGCUUGUUUCGUUUUAUAUUUUACAUGUACAGAAUGUGAUUAGAUUUUGCGUAAUGGUAUCUAUGCAAAACUACAGCGAUUGGUUUAGGACUGUAAAAUGAAACAGACAAAAUGAACCCUCAUAAAAAAAGGAAGCCAAUGUGCACGGUUCGUACAGAAUGCACAGCGAUGGUGCCAUGUUAUAUUUCUUUUGAUACUUUUUAAAACUCUUUACAUUUUCCUUUCAGACGUGUUCGGAGCAGAGAGGAAAGAAAAAAUGCUCAGUGCGUGUGUCAUACAGUAGAAACUCCUCGAUUUCUCCCAAAGAUGUGACCUCAGUGUAGUUGAAAUAUAUAUAUUUUUCCAGACAAUUGAACUGCCUCUAUACUAGAACAGCAUUGUUGAUGCAAUGAGAAUGUAUUUAGGUCACAUCUGUACAGUUGUGUCGUUGCCAUCUUGUCAUUUUCAUUGCCUCUCAUGUCUAGCCUUUAUGUACUGUAGGACCAAAUAUUUUUCACCUGUUAUUUUUUUUGAGAUGUGGCGUACUGUUUUAUGUUUUACAUGUGACUGUUUAUGUUUCCUCGGCACUACAGUGACACUGAAUAUCCUCGUCAUGCUCGUGUUGCCCUUUAUCGAUCACGCUUUGGUUCUGCUUUUUUAUGGCUUCAUUUGCUCUUAAAAAAAAUCUACUAUGUUUUGUUAGUGGGUGAUUCACUCAUUAACCUGUCCCAUCUCUCAUAUUGCACUUUAUGCAUUUAUUAACACUGAUUUAUGAGUUUAUAUCCCAACCUUCCCCCCGUGACUGUUAUGUGCACUGGACCUGUUUGCCCUGUCUUAAAUUAAACCUGCCUUCUUGUUAAAAAAAAAAAACAAAAAAAGAAAUAUGAAAAAAGCUAAAUUAAAUUAUAGUUAUUUUUUAAAAGUCAUAUACAGAUAAUCUAUUUAAAGGAGCUGUUUUUAAUCAGUGAGUAUUUUGUUAGCUGCCUACUGUUACACAGUUUUUCAUAAAUUUUGGAAAACAUUUGUAUUUGGAGACAGUGGUGAUCAGAGGUCAUGUUCCUGUGCUGCAGCUCUCUCUGCUACUGAUAGCAGAGAGAGAGAGAUAAACAGUAUAUGUUUUAUCAAUCACUGAUUACAAAAUUUAAACUUUAUUACUAAAAUAUAUAAAGAUACAGGUACAGUGUAGUGUAAUUUCUCAGAUGAGUAUAUGUGAAAUUUGCAUAUUAGCACAAUAUUGUGCCAGAUGGGAUCAACAAGUCCCUGAAAAGUAUAUUAUAGAAUUUAUAUUGUAAUUAAAUCCAGGUAUAAAUAUUAUUUAAAUGCCCAUAAAAUGAAUAUAAGUUCAUUUCUAGAACACUAUAUAGCAGAGGUGGGACCAAGUCAUUGUUUUGCACUCAAGUCACAAUUCAAACAGGCAGUGCCAUGUCCUAAACUUGGGUUUUGAAUUACACAAGUCAUAAUGCGCUCUUCAGCAAGUUAAAUGCCAUUUUAACAGAGUAAUAUAAAUAAAAUGGUUUUUAGAAUGUAUAUUCGUUUAAACAAGUUUGUUGGAUGUUGUUGCACCUAAAUCUGUAAUUUUUAUCUUGCAUGUUUUGCUUGCUGCAAGUUGUUUUUUGUUGAACAGAAUUAUCUUUGGAAUAAUUUUUUCCAACUGUCGUUGAGUAACAUAACAUUAGUUAUUCAUGUUUCUCUCCUGCAACUUGACUGGAGGUUGGCAGAUAGGUUCAAAGAAAGUGGGUCUCGGAAAUUAAGUGUGGACUUGCUGGGAAUGAUUAGCAUUAACUGAAUGUUAACCACUGUAUAUUACCGUAAAACUUCAUUUAAUAGCCCGGGCUAUUAUUUGCUUAAAUCACUGAAACCAACAGGCCUAUAUUUGGGACAGGCCUUUAAUUCCUUUCACACCAAACUAUUUAAAUUAGGCUUCAGAUAAUAUAUCAAUUAUGAAUCAUUCAUUUGAUCUAGCUCUGACAGAUAGUGUAUCAGAGAGAAAGGUACGGCACUCAAGGUUUACGGCACCAGGCAUACCAACACAACGCCACUUUAUCCUGUUAAAACAAUACUCACAACUCUGAUUUUUUGGAAAAAUCCUUUUGAUUCUUUUGAUCUGAGGACCCUUGUGGACUAAAGGAGUAUGAAUAACUUACAGGGUAAUCAAGGAAUGGACACAUAACUGGAGGUAGCCAACAAAUAAAAACUGCUUGGCUACCAGACCAGGCCUCUAUUUGAGACAGGCCUUCAUUUGUCAAAAUGUGUAGCCACGACGGGUUAGUAAAAGGGACUGGGCGUUUAAUCAAAGUUUUACGGUAAUUGAUUUGUGGCCCACUUUUGUCAAUAUCAUACUUUUUAAUCUUCAGGCUUGAGGGAAGUUAUCAAAUAUUUUCAAGGCAAAGGCUCCAAGUGAAGUUACGAGUCAUUGGUGUUAAAGAGUUGCAAGUCUUUUUUGAUUUUGUAAAGUGGAGUCUAAAGUCGUAAUGUGACUCAAGUCCACACCUCUGCUAUAUAGACGUUUCUCAUUAAUAUUCCGCACUAUGAAAAAGGCUAUUCUGUAGCUGCGACAUUAUUUCUGUUGAUGUGUGUCAAGGUCCUCCUGUGCCGACAUAUUCCACCAUUAUUCUCACGUGAUGUAAACCAAAAAUGUUCUGACAAAUGUGCAUCGAAUCAGUUGAAGAUUUCUUUCCCUUUUUUUAAAUACUCUAAUGUUUUGGAUGCAUCACAUUUCUGAAUUUUGAUGCAGUGUUUCUUGCUUUUUUCCCUACUUUAAUAAUGUUGUGACUGCAUGAAUAUCUGGACUUGUUUUCCCCUUUAAUGCUUGGGUUUUAUUUUCCUUUGAAGGGUGAAGUCUUUGUUUGUCCCAGUGAUUUGUUUUUCUCGUUUGGUAAUAUUGUCCUCUGUCUCUUUUUAAUUCAGCAUCAUGUGUAGGCUAAUGUAUCUGCUAAGUGAAGCCUAAAAGCAUCGGAAAUAUGGUAAUCAGCCUUUUAUGCACAUGUAGAAGCUGUUGUUUGGUACGUUGUUUUACACUGCAAUAUACGGUAUGUGCUUAUUUUCUGUGCAACACCCACAGACUUUAAUUACGUCAUGGUAAAUCUAGACUAGCUUUGUAUAUUGCUGUAUGGUAGGAACAAUGUUUUUCGUGCUUUAUGUGAUAUGAUGUCAAAGUGAGAAAAUGCACUGAGAAAUACUGUGCUGCAAUAUGUCAUUGUGGCUCUAUAUUCUCUGCUGGACCUCAGACUUUACAGUGAGCCUGACAUCUUCGUAGGUCCAUCUUUUGUUUUGGUAUUUCUUUGAACUUUUAUUUUGUGCUCAUGUAGAUAGCUCUGACUGAUGUGUCGCCUGUUACUGCCACCUUUUUAUGCAUCAACGUUCAGGUAUCCAUUGGUGUUGCACCAGUGUUUACAGAGACAAGAGUUUACAACAGAGCAAUGUUUGUUUUUCUCUCCAUAAAAAAUAUGUUUAUUAAAUACUGUAUCUGGAAUAACGAGCUACAUAUGAACCACUCGCAGUGUAGAAUAGCAAAAUGAUUUUGCUAUUUAGAUUCAAAGGAGCAGUGUGUAGAAUUUAGUGGUAUCUAAUGGUGAGAACUGCAGAAUGCAACCAGCUGAAACUUUUCAAGUAUGCCAAGCAUGGACUCUUGGUUAGAAUUCCUCCAGUGUUUAUUGUUCAGGAGGUUUUUAUCAUGAGCCAAAUUAUCCUCUGAGGUCUCUUCCUCUCCAAAACAAACAGAUUUGGUGAUUUAAACUGGUAAAAACACAGAAUAAAGCAGCUUCACCUUACAAAUGAGUGUUUAUCCAGUGUUGUUUGGCUUGUCGCAGACAUGCCCCUAGCCUAGCACCUGAUAAUGUGUGCUCACCUUUUUUCUGUGAUAACUUAAGAUCCAGAUGUUCUUUAGGUUUUCACCAGGAGCCGAAUUAUCCACAGAGGUCUCUUCCUCUCUUAAACAAACAGACCUGUUGAUUUAAACCACGAAAAACACUGAGAAAAAACAGCUUCACAUUACAAUUCAGUGUUUUUCCAAUGCUGUUUGGCUCAUCGUGGAGGGGUUGCUAACUACAGUGCCUGAUAUGAAAACACAAAAGGUCCUGUCGAGAGCAAAAGUUUAGUUUGUCCAUUCUGGGCUACUGUAGAAACAUGGCAGUGCAGUAUGGUGAUAUCUGUGGAUGAGGACUAACUCCCUAUGUAGAUAUUAACGGCUUAUUUUAACAUAACGAAAACACAAAGAUUCUUAUUUCCAGGUGAUUAUACUCUAAAGAAAACAUACUUAUUAUAUUAUAUUCCAUUACUGCCAAUAUAUCCUCCUAAAUCCUACACACUGGACCUUUAACAGUGAAUCAGUAGUGUAAUUUCAAUACUAUGACUAUAAUAUAUUCUGUUUCAUGAGAUUUUGAAGUUAUAUGAAUUAUAUUUCCUCUGGACUUCAUUCAUAUGCAUUUCUAGGCCCUGAAAGCACUUUUUUUUAAUUUAAUUUACAGACUUCAUUUUGCAGAAAUUCCCCUUCCUCUUUACUUGCUACAAGCAGCUACAUGCCAUCAGAUGUUUUUUUUUUAACAGAAUAGGUACUAUCUAGAUUUUAUUGAAUUUAGUUUUAUAGUAAAUCUGUCAUCAGCACUGAAUAUUCUUCUCUCCUCUAGUGUUAAAUCAACAGUUUGAACCAGAAAACCAAAGUUCAAAUUAGCCAUAAAUGAGGGAAUACUUGGACAUUUUAUCCUUCUUACUGUUGAGACACAUCCUCUCCCUUUGUUUUUCAAAAUACUGCAUCGGGGUACGAUUUGCUUCAUAUAUAUAUAAACUACGAACAUGUCAAUGCAUUGUUUACAUGGAACAUAAUUACAGAAAUUCUUGCAGCAUAACUUAAAAGAGAUGUGACUGACAUAUCCUAUUCACUACCUGGGGAAUCUCUUUUUCUGCAUGAUGCUGAAUUUCAAAAAUAUCUCAGAAAAUACCUUGACAUAGUGUAUUUUGCUUUAAAUUAAGUAUUUAGUUUGCCUUGUUUUAUAAAUCUGCUGUCAAGCACUAUUUUGUAGUGAAUAUUACUCUAUACAUCUUGUCUGAGAAAUAACAUAGACAUACAGUAAGAAAUAACAUAGCAGAUACAAAUACUGUACAGUCAGGCUAUACAUAUAUAUAUAUAUAUAUAUAGAUAUAUGUAGACACCACAUGUUAAAACACAAACUGAAUCAGGAAGAAGAAACGGAGUCAGUCGUGUACAGUCACUCAGUGGGUUACCCACAUCUAUGAAUCCUUUUGUGUGCAUUUUGAGGACAGCCCGCUGCUGGUUCAAGCCUCAUACAAUGGCAGCUAAAUUGUUAUACGAUGUAUUUUGUUUCUGAGUACUAUUCCAAACACUGCACAUGCAUUUUACUGCCGUGAAGGGGUGCACUAUGCUCCCAUAGUACACUCGCAGCAACAGGAAACAUUAUGCUCAUAGAAUAUGCAAAAUCUAGCAUUCUGCAGCACAGCUUGGCAAGUUUUUUGAGCUAACCCUUUAAAAAUUACUGGUUCAAACCUUGUUCUUCAAAUUGUGUGUUUUCUAUUUUAACUGUCGAAUCGGACCAAAAGAAUCCAAGUUGGCUGUAAAUGUGCGCUCUAUUAAAGAUGAAAUACGCUUCUGUUUGAACUGUACCUUAUGUAUUUUUCUCGUGUGAAGGCUUCUGUCUUUGUAUCUUUGCAUUAUUAUUUGUAAAUGAAAUGAAAAUAAAUAUAUCUGACAAAGCAAAGACGUGUCUGUCGUC